AUGCUGGUCUUCGCCCUGUUCUGGAUUGUGCCGGGCGACGCAGCCUAUAUGAUCCUGACCGGGGGCGACGACGACGCGGGCAAGGUUUCCCUUGCGCAGCUGGAACAGCUCAAGGAGGAGUUGGGUCUCAACCGCCCAAUCUACUCACAGUACGGUCACUGGCUCUGGGAUAUCAUGCGCGGAGACUUGGGCACAUCCAUUUGGUACAAAAUCCCUGUUUGGGAGGAAUUGGAGAACAGGUUCUACGUCACCAUUGAACUGUCGUUAAUUGCCAUCUUCAUGGCAUUCGUCGUUGCAGUCCCCCUGGGGGUCAUAUCCGCGGUGAAGCAGGAUACCUGGGGUGACUACUCCAGCAGGGUAUUCGCGCUCAUUGGUAUUGCCACGCCUACCUUCUGGUUGGGCAUCUUGAUGGUCUACGGGCUGGCCUAUACCUUCAACUGGCUGCCUCCGUUUGGGGUGAUGCGGGAGGACUACAUGAGAACCGCCCGGGCCAAAGGUCUUAAGGAGAUGGUGGUGAUAGGCCGCCACGCCCUGAAGAACGCCUUGCUCCCCGUGGUGACCAUUUCCGGUUACCAAUUCGCCAGUAUGCUGGGCGGGGUCAUCAUCGUGGAGUCCAUUUUCGUCGUUCCGGGCAUGGGCACUCUGCUGAUGACAGCAUAA